GAGAGAAGCUUAUUUAGGGAGAGGGAGGGACUCGAUGCGGCCAUACAGGCUGCGGAGUGUUUAUUUAUUUGUGCUGGCUCCCCUUUUUCUUUAUUUCUUAUUAUUUGUCAACUGAUUUUCCAAAAUGAGGUUAAAAGUUGGAUUUCUCCUUCGAAGUUUACUGGUCAUCGGCACGUUUUUGGGGCUGGUUUUGCUCUGGUCUUCGCUGACACCGAAGGCAGUCGACGAUAACCCGUUUGCUGGAGCUCUGGCAGGACGAGAUGCAGGUAAACUCUUGCAGCCCAACCUUCCCAACAAUGACAUGGCUGACCAGUUCAAGCCGGUUGUUCCUUGGCCCCACGUCGAAGGAGUUGAGGUCGAUCUAGAGUCUAUCCGCCAGAAAAAUGGUGACAAGCCAAACCCUGCAUUCAAAGCCCAGAACCAGCAGAAUGUCAUCCAGAAGCAAUAUGUCACUUUCAAGCCUCACACCAAUGUUUAUAGUGAUCCUGUGUUGAAGAAAGGAAUUCUGGGCAACUUUGAGCCUAAGGAACCUGAGCCUCAGGGGGUCCAGGGCGGACCGGGCGAGGGCAGCAAAGCAUUCGUACUGGGACCAGAGUACAAAGAUGCUGUUCAGGCCAGCAUCAAGGAAUUUGGUUUUAAUAUGGUAGCCAGCGACAUGAUUUCUCUGGAUCGAACCGUCGGCGACUUACGACAUGAAGAGUGUAAAUACUGGCACUAUGAUGAAAACCUCCUCACCUCCAGCGUGAUCAUUGUCUUCCAUAAUGAGGGCUGGUCCACCCUGAUGAGGACGGUGCACAGCGUCAUCAAAAGAACCCCAAGGAAAUACUUGGCUGAGAUUGUCAUGAUUGAUGACUUUAGUAACAAAGUUCAUCUUAAAGAGAGGCUGGAGGAGUACAUAAAACAAUGGAAUGGGUUGGUCAAACUGUUCCGCAAUGAGAAGAGAGAGGGUCUGAUCCAGGCCAGGAGCAUAGGAGCCCGCAAAGCCACUCUGGGACAGGUGCUGAUCUACCUCGAUGCUCAUUGUGAAGUUGAGGUGAACUGGUACGCCCCGCUGGUGGCCCCCAUUUCAAAAGACCGAACGGUCUGCACAGUACCGUUGAUAGAUUACAUAGACGGCAAUGAUUAUACCAUAGAGCCACAGCAGGGAGGGGAUGAGGACGGUCUGGCGCGAGGCGCCUGGGACUGGAGCCUCCUGUGGAAAAGGGUCCCUCUCAGCAGCAGGGAGAAGGCUAAGAGAAAGCAUAAGACAGAGCCUUAUCGGUCUCCUGCAAUGGCUGGAGGACUCUUUGCAAUAGAGAGAGAGUUCUUCUUUGAGCUGGGCCUCUAUGAUCCAGGCCUUCAGAUCUGGGGAGGAGAAAACUUUGAGAUAUCCUACAAGAUAUGGCAGUGUGGUGGGCAGCUUCUGUUUGUGCCAUGUUCACGGGUGGGGCACAUCUACCGUCUGCAGGGCUGGCAGGGAAACCCACCUCCUGCUCAUGUAGGCUCGUCCCCCACACUUAAGAACUAUGUGCGGGUGGUGGAGGUGUGGUGGGAUGAGUAUAAAGACUAUUUCUACGCAAGUCGACCUGAGACUCUGACGCUGGCCUAUGGAGACAUCAGCAGCUUGAAAAAGUUCAGAGAGGAACAUCGCUGCAAGAGCUUCAAGUGGUUCAUGGAAGAGAUCGCCUAUGACAUCCCUCUACAUUACCCACUGCCUCCAAAGAAUGUGGAAUGGGGAGAGAUCCGUGGGUUUGAGACCAGCUACUGCAUUGACAGCAUGGGCCACACCAAUGGUGGCAAUGUCGAAAUCGGGCCUUGUCAUAGAAUGGGUGGAAAUCAGCUCUUUAGAAUUAAUGAAGCAAACCAGCUCAUGCAGUAUGACCAGUGCCUGACAAAGGGGGGAGACGGAACUGCUGUCAUCAUAACACACUGCAACUUAAACGAGCACAUGGAGUGGAGAUAUUUUAAGGAUCUACAUCGAUUUACACACAUACCUACAGGGAAAUGCUUGGAUCGCUCUGACGUCUUGCACAAAGUUUAUAUAGCUGACUGUGACAACAGCAAGAGCUCGCAAAAGUGGGAGAUGAACAACAUUGUGGCAGUUUGAGAGCCAGGCUCAAAUGUGCUUCAAGGAUAAACACUGACUACAGCAACAGGUUUUACCAGAAUACAUGUGACUAAUUACGUUUUAGUCAUCACCCGAAUAACUCUGAACUCUGAUCAUACACAUAAACUUUUUUUCUCCAUUGAAGACAAUGUUUACAUCGGUUCAUCCCCAGUGUCCAUCGCAUGGGUUUUUCUUUGGAAUCUGUGGAAUGGAGGGGUCUACCUAACAGAAUGUUUUUCUCUUACACAGAAUGUGCACAAUGUGUGCUGAGAUGAAUUGUCUAAUACCACUUUUGUUGCUGCUCCAUUAUAAAAUACAGGUUGUCCAUCAAGUACUGGGAUGCAUAUAUUUUUUUAACACUGAACCUUUUUAUGUUUGAGGUGACAACCUGCCACUUGAACUAUUUUCGUCUUUGGCACAAUGGCAAUUUUUUUUGCCAUAUACUAUGGGUAAAGAAUGGGAGUGGAGAGAAAAAGGGAUAUAGGGUCAACAAUGAGAAGAAAAAAAAGUGAUACAUUUAUUUUUUUUCUACUGCAUUCAAAAGUUUGCUUGGUUGGGGGAAUAGAUGUUUAUUUGUAUGUGAAAAUCAACAUUUGAUUAUAAUACUAUUCAUGGCCAAAAAUCAUCUCAAGCAAAGUUAUGUUUUAAGGGCAAGAAUGAUUGCGAUGUGUGCAUUUUUGUACAAUGUAAAUAUGAUUAUUUCUAAAUUAACAUUUUGAGAUAUGGUGGGCUUCCCAAUGAAGGUGUAAAUAUCUAACUUAUAAUGGUUGUUUUCUCAAGAAAAUAAAUGGAACAUUUGUAUGAAAGUGCUGUUUGUAGCAGGUUUAAUGAUAUUUCAAUCAUUUAGAUGAUCAUAAGGAUAACAUUUUUGUAGCCUGAUGGCAAUGUUGUUGGCACUUUCCAUAAAUAGGGUAUCCCAUUGGUUGCCUGUUUUGUAAGAAACAUAUAUCACAUCUUUUCUGUAGCAAAAUUGUUAGAUGAAAUAUAAUCUAAGAUAUGGAACCAUGAAAAGUAGGCCUUUUAAGCAUGUUUAAUACUGAAGCCAUACUAUUGUUUCUUGACAACAGAGUUGUUCCAAAUUGUCCAAAAGAGUUGCAUAGCUCAAAUUGUAAGCUUAAACAGGUUAUAAUUAGUAGGUCGAUAUUUUGUUUUCAGAGUUGCUGAAAUAAAGAACCACCUCCCUUUAUUGAGAAAGGUUUCAUGCUAUUUUGUACUCCAUUCUUGGAAAGUGCCUACUAAAAAAUGGAAGUGAUCCCAAGCAUUUGAAUAAUUACCAAAGACUGUCUGUGUGCUGCUUAGGUUGUUCAAGGCAGUGGACUGAGUGUGUGCAGGAAAAGCAUCAGCUAUGCAGCAAUCUUUUGGAUGCAGGUGAGCAGAUGCCACUUGUAUGAUAUAUGGCACACCUUAUAGUGACUGCGUAGAACAAUAUACCUAACCUGUAUAUAGAACCACUUGUCACUUGGCCAAGCAAAAGCCAAACCAAACAUAAAUCAUUCAUGUACUUAAGUCUAACUGUGGUUACAGAUUGGUUGCUUGUGCAUUUACGUCUCUUAUUUUUCAGAUCAAGUCGUCCAUUUGAGAAAUUAGUAGUUCCCUCUUCAACAAGUCAACCAAAUGGCCAAAACGUAUAUUUAAAAAAAAAAAAAAAACUUGGUUUAAGACCAUAGUUCUUAUGGCCACCUCACAAGAAACUAAGCCUAAUUGAAAAAAAGUUCAGUCUAUUAGAAGUACAAAACUCUUUUUAAUGUAGAGUUGCACCUGCUUGUAAAACUAGGAGUACAUACAGAACAGCUUUAAGAGUUCUAAAACAAGCAGAACUGAACAAACUAAAAGGUUUUUAUUUUUAAACACUUAAAAAAAAGAAAAAGAAAAAAGUAAAUACAAUUUGCCUAGUCCAUUAGUAAUUUUUAUAUUUCAAUAAUCUUACUCAACUAAGCUGCACUAGCUGCUAUGAACUUAAACGUGGUCUGACAAUACAGAAAUCCUGCAAAAUUCUUUAAUAAGUCAAAAUUGCACACAGUGAAAAGGGGAAUUGGUCAUAAUAUACAAAAUAAAAAAAGGAUUCAGUCUACACAACUUUAAAGCUUGUUUUAAAAAUUGAGACACCACACAAAUCCAAGUUGUUCCUUAUUUGUCUUAAAAUGGCAGUAGAAAUAAUAUUGAACAGGGAAAAGAAACCAAAGCAACCACAG